UUCUUCAUUUAUUGCUGUUUCUGCAAAUCAAUCCAUCGUUCAUCCUUGCUUUGCAACAUGAUGAAGCAACUACAGAGUCCCAUCUUCUCUAGUAUUGCUGGGUUUCUCUUUCUACUUCUGAUUUUGCAGUUAAGACCCACCAUGUCCCAAGAAGUUGAGGAUGAGAGAGAGUUUGAUUAUUUGGUAGGGAGUAGUAAAGGACCAGAGCACUGGGGAGAGCUUCAUGAAGAAUGGGCAGCUUGUAAUAAUGGAGAUAUGCAAUCUCCCAUUGACUUGUUGCAUCAAAGGGUGGAAGUGGUUCCUGAAUUGGGGAAGAUAAAGAGAGAUUACAAGACUGCCAAUGCAACCCUCAAGAAUAGGGGCCACGAUAUAAUGCUUCAAUGGGAAGGUGACGCCGGAUCAAUCCACAUCAAUGGUACUGAUUAUAAGCUCAAACAGUGUCACUGGCACUCUCCUUCCGAGCACACCAUUGAUGGCAAUAGGUUUGCUAUGGAGGUGCAUAUGUUUCAUGAAAGCUCAAAUCUCAGCUUCGCAGUGAUUGGAGUCCUUUACAAGAUUGGGCGACCUGAUCCCUUUCUCUCUGAGUUGGAGGAGGAAAUACAGGCUCUUGCUGAUACCCAAAACGAGAUUAAUGUUGGGAUGGUUAAUCCAAAACACAUAAAGUUGGGUGGAAGGAAGUACUACAGAUAUGUGGGUUCUCUCACUACUCCUCCUUGCACCCAAGGUGUCACUUGGACUAUCAUUAAAAGGGUGAGGACCGUAUCCACAGAUCAAGUGAAGCUAUUAAGGAAGGCGGUUCAAGAUUAUGCAGAAUCGAAUGCGAGGCCAUUGCAACCACUGAAUGAUCGAAUGAUUGAGUUCUACGAGCCCAAGCAGACUUCACCAAAGCAUGAUUGACUUUUAUAAUCUAAAUUCAUUGCUCAAUUUUGAUC